AUUUACUUAAUUUAUGAUUCACGAGAUGGCAGAAUGGAGACAAAAAAUAACUUAUUAUCUAAGUCUUGAGUACUGGAUCAUCUUGUUGCCAGACGUACGACCAACUCAGUCUCCAUACACAAUAGAUAUACUAACAGGGGGUUUACCUUCUUCCAUUCGUUUGAGGGAUCUUAUAAGACAAAUACGAGCAUGUAAGACAGCAGCUGAUGAAAGAGCAGUAGUACAGAAAGAAUGUGCUUAUAUUCGUUCAACAUUUCGAGAGGAGGACAACACAUGGAGAUGUCGCAAUGUUGCCAAGCUACUGUACAUUCACAUGUUGGGUUAUCCUGCUCAUUUUGGCCAGCUUGAAUGCUUGAAGUUAAUAGCAUCACCAAGAUUCAUAGACAAAAGAGUGGGAUAUUUAGGGGCAACACUUCUCUUAGAUGAACGGCAAGAUGUGCAUUUGUUAAUUACUAAUUCCCUAAAAAAUGAUCUAACAAGCCAAACCCAGUUUGUAGCUGGACUUGCACUGAGUGCCUUGGGAUCAAUCUGUUCUCCAGAGAUGAGCAGAGAUCUGGCAGGAGAAGUAGAGAAACUUGUAAAAUCUUCAAAUGUGUACCUGAAGAAAAAGGCUGCUUUAUGUGCAUUUCGCAUUAUCAAGAGAGUACCAGAAAUUUUGGAAAUGUUUAUACCUGCAGCAAGAUCUCUGUUAACUGAGAAGAACCAUGGUGUACUUGUUGCUGGAGUAAUCCUAGUCACCGAAUUAUGUUCCAUGUGUUCAGACACACUACUAUAUUUCAAAAAGCUUGUACCAAACUUAGUACGGAUCCUGAAAAAUCUUGUGAUGGCAGGCUACUCACCUGAUCAUGAUGUGAAUGGUAUCAAUGAUCCUUUUCUUCAGGUGAAAAUUUUGAGACUGCUUAGAGUGUUAGGAAAACAGGAUGAUGAAGCCAGUGAAAUUAUGAAUGACAUUUUGGCACAAGUAGCUACAAAUACAGAAACAAGUAAAAAUGUAGGCAAUGCUAUCCUAUAUGAAACCGUCUUAUCUAUAAUGGGAAUCAAAUCUGAGAGUGGUUUAAGGGUGUUGGGAGUAAAUAUAUUAGGAAGGUUUUUGCUGAAUAUUGACAAAAAUAUAAGAUAUGUGGCCUUGAAUACCUUACUUCAGACGGUGAACGUGGAUAAUGGAGCUGUGCAGAGACAUCGGAACACGGUUCUGGACUGUUUGAAAGAUCCUGAUGUGUCUAUACAAAGGAGAGCAAUGGAACUGUGUUUUGCUCUCAUCAACUCUAAUAACAUUAGAACUGUUACCAAAGACCUCUUGUCAUUUAUCGAAAGUGCUGGUCCUGAGUCAAAAGCAAUUUGCUCCUCCAAACUGUUUGUCGCAGCAGAAGUACAUGCUCCAACAAAAAGGUGGCAUAUAGACACAAUGAUUAAAGUUCUAACACUGGCAGGGAAUUAUGUUCCAGAGGACUUGGUAGGCAAUCUAAUACAGUUGAUAUCUGAAUCAUCACAGCUUCAUGUGUACACUACCCAACAAUUGUGGAAGAAUUUGGGUAACGAAUUAGCCAGUUUUCAGCCGCUUGUACAGGUUGCAACCUGGUGUAUUGGAGAAUUUGGGGAUCUGCUGAACUCUGCUGAAGGUGUUGAUGCUGAACCAUUAAAUGUAGCAGAAGAACACAUUUUUGGCCUGUACGAAAAGAUUUUGUACAACCACCAUAUGACUCUCCUUACAAAAGAAUAUACUAUCAACUCUCUAAUGAAACUGAGUGUACGGUUUCCCAAAAGUAUUUCGAAAGUAAAAAACAUGGUAGAUGUGUUUGGCUCCAACAUGAACAUAGAGCUACAGCAAAGAGCAGUAGAAUUCUCCAGUGUGUUCUCAAAGCAUGAUUAUCUCAGACCAAGUAUAUUUGAGAGGAUGCCAGCUAUUGAGAGAAAAAAUCUGAAUGAGGUUGAUGUACAGAAUGGGCUGGUGACAGAGGAAGAAGAUUUUGGUGACACUUCCAUUACCAAACUAGUAAAAGCAAAAGAUGAAGGAAAUGCUUUAUUGGAUUUACUAGGAGCACCACAAGAGACUCAGCUUAAUCUGCAGGAAAACUCCCAGCAUGCUGUUGUAAACAGUGGAGGCUCCAAUCUUUUAGACCUUCUUGGUGGAUUAGAGCUUAAUCACUCUCCUGAAGCUCAACCCCCAUUGUCUUUUCCAACUUCAGAAGAAUCUAAUAUAAUAAUGGAUGGUCAUUUGUCUCAUCAGCAGGACAAAAAAGCAGGGAUUCCUCCUCUUAGAGUAUUUGAGAAGAAUGGCUUGAAGUUAGAUUUUACCUUUGAACGUCCAUCAGACAACUUGCAGAUGACAGUGAUGACUAUGUUAGCAAAAAAUGAAACUUCUGAUCCCUUGUGCGACUUCUUGUUCCAGGCUGCAGUUCCAAAGACAUUACAGCUGCAGCUGUUGCCACCUUCAGGAAAUGUGAUACCUGCUAAUAAUGAUGGAUGUGUAACCCAGGUUAUAAAAGUUUUAAACCCUACCAAAACACCUCUCAGGAUGAGAAUAAAACUAUCCUAUACCACACUUGGUAUGACAGUUGAAGAACAAAGUGAAAUAAAAAAUUUUCCAUCAGCUGCAUGGCAGUGAAUUAGUUUAGCAUCAAAGAGAUUUCAGGCAGUAAGUAACUCUGGCAUUAGCACUGUCUGAAAUGUUGGAAGUGAUAGAUCAAGCCUUACUUCAUCUGUGAUGGAUUAUUUCAACCACUGCUGUGUAUUUAAAGAAACCUCCAUCCAGUUUAAGACCACAACUGUAUCACUUGUCAUAAUGAACUGGUCAAUCCCUAUUUAAAAUUUUUCUGCAUUCUCAGAAGGUUACAGAGUUGAUUUUUGUGCACAAAAGCAAACAAAAUCCAAAAAAUAGAGUUUAGUUGUAUAAAAAUAAGGUUGGCAGAAUAUUAGUCAUAUUUUAUGACCAUUCCACUACUUUUAUAUAAGAAUGUAUGUUUAAUUUUCCAAGUUUUAAUAUGGUUAAAGUGUACAUCAAACUCACACAUCUGGUAAUGUUAUUUCAGAUAUUAAAAAAAGAAACAGACCAAGGAACUUUAAUAUUUUUAGAAUUCCAUAAAGUCCAACACAGUUGAUACAUGUUUUUUAAACACUUAAGUUGAGUUUAUUAAUAAACUGUAGUUAGUUUCAUGAGUGAUGUUCUGACAACAAGUACAAUUCCACUACUGAGUUUUUGUUGAAGUGAUGUUUUACAAGCUGUCCAGAAUUGUUUCCUGUCCAAUUGAUAAGUAAGAUUUUUAAACUAGAGUUUUAUAAAGGAGUGUGUUAAGUUCAAUUUGUAAGACGUUAAAAGCAAAAGAAGCAUAAUUUCAUGGUUGAAUUCAGUCAGCAGACAUCUGAAAUGUGUCAACAGUUGAAAUUUUCUGGAUGAGUUACAUUACUAGAUACAUUAGAAUUUCUAUCUGGUAUCUUUAUCAUGGUAAAAGAAUUCUCCAAUUAGCAUUUUUAGAGCUGUAUUUGCUUUAAUAAUUUCACUGUUGUUGCUUUAAUGAUAUUAUUCUCAUUAUAGCUUUUGUUAAACACAAUUUUUCUGUAAAAUGGCAUAUAUAAUAUAUACACAAUGCAAUGAUUUAAACAUGUUAUAGUUACCAUUUAAGAACUAAAAUAAUUUGAAAUAUAUAUUUUUAUUACUUCCUGCUGGUUCACUGUAUACACUAUUCAAUAUGCAUGUUGUAUUGUAAUUACAUGUAGUGGGAUAAUUUUUUUCAAGCUCUUGUUUUCUGCCUUCAGUUUCUCACUUAAGAAAAAUAAUCAGUGAGACAUUUUAUGUUUUAAUGGGAUAAUUUAUAAAAAUUUUGUGAAAAAAAAAAGUUGAAAAUUAUGGAGUACUUAAUUAUGGUUUUUAAACUUCCAAGUGGCAGACAGGAUUAUUUAUUACCGAUAAAUUAAAUAGUUUAUGUCUGUUUAAUUCUGUAUACUCAGUGUCAUUAAAUAUUUUGUUUGUAGGUUAUUAUAAUUGCAUAGGUAUCACAAACGAAAUAAACAUUCCAGGGGUAAAGUAUUAUCAUCAGAAAACUACAGAGAAAGUGUUUUGUUGACCAAAAUGUGUAUAAUGGAAAGUCAUAAAUAUUUCACGUGGCACUGCAAAUGAAUGUUAGUUAGUAAUUGGCAAUUCUUUCUUUUUAGAAAUAUUAUUUUAUCACAAAACUGUUGUACCCAAAUAAAGAUAAUUAUUAUAAAAAUA